AUGAAUAACUCUAUACAUAGAAGAAGAGUGAUGCAAAUAUUGUUUUUAUGGCGUUCAAUAAAACAUUUGUAUCAAAAUGAAAAAGAACUUUUAAGACUAACAGAGGUUUUUAAAAAAUUAUCAAAGAUCAAGGAACUAAAUAAAUUAAACAAGCAUUCUACAGUCAUAAAUACUAUACAUUUCCUAGAGAGUAUUUUGUGGUUUUCUAUUGUUAUUGAUAAAUAUUUGGAUGAUUACGUAAAAGAUAUGAAUAAAGAAAGCUUUCCUCUUCUUAGUUAUCUAUUACAAAACCCAGAAAAUGUUCUAUCCAAUUCUGCCUCUAUUCCAGCAUAUGUUUAUCAGGAAAAUUUUCAUUAUUUACCUCAAACCAUUAAUUGGCUAAAUGAUUUAUUAGAGAAAUAUUUGGUUAUUAAUGGUUACGAACCUCUGAUUUUCUACACCUAUAAAUUUAUAGCAAUUUAUAUUUUAAAAAUAACUGAUAAUCAAAGCAAUAAAAUUAUUGCUAGAAUAGCACAAAUUAGUUCGUCGUCUGUUAAAAACUAUUUUAAACUUAUGGUGGACUUUUUUCAAUACUGCAAGUGCUCCACAGAGUACAACAAUUUGAAUAUAAACUAUAAUAUAAUCGCUGAUUUUGAUGAAUUUAAACAACAAUCUAUUCUUAAUAAUCGAAUUUUCAAACUGAUUAUAGCGUCAUGUACAGAUGGAACUUUAAUAAAUAUUAGUAGAAAAGGUAUUAAAGAAUCGGAAUAUCAAUAUUUCUAUUCAUACAAAAAACAGCUGCAAAUAACAGGUUUUUAUUUAACCAAUUAUAAUCUUCAGUUUGUUGCAUACAUACUAGGAUUCCCAGGCAAUUGUAAUGAUUUUACAUUGCAACUAUAUGCCCAAUUUUGUUAUCCAAAUUGUCUACCCAAGAAAGGGUUUGUUUUAGGGGAUGCUGGUUUCAAAUUGGAUAGUUUUAUUUUAACGCCAUAUCGUGGAGUGAGAUAUCAUUUAAGUGAUGGUAUAAAUUUUGACAAUAUAAAAGAUCGCAAGGAGGCUUACAACUAUUAUCAUUCAUCAAAUAGAAUCUCCAUCGAAAGAACUUUUGGUCUUCUUAAAAAAAGAAGUAAAAUUUUAAGUCAGACAAAUCCUAACUUUGAUCUCAAAUUUUACACAAAAAUUUUAGAUUCCUGUCUUAUAAUUCAAAAUAUAGACAGGCACUUUAAACUUUUAGAAGCCACAAAUAAAAAUAGUCAAAAUAAUAGUAUAGAUGAUAGAGUUGAUACUGAAAAUGGACAAGAAGCUGAAAACACUAACGACAUUCCAUCGCAUUCUCAUUUGGAAAUCAAUCAAAUAGGGAACACACAUGGAGGCUGUUUUGAUAAUAGCGAAAUAUUUGAAGCCAAAUCUAACAUUUUUUUUGUUUAUAAUGAGCUAAAUAACAGAAUUAUUGCUGGAUUAAACUCUCUCUUAGAUUAUAAUAAUGUUGAAAUACAGCAAAAAUUAAUCAAUUCUUAUUUUGACAAGGACCUAUUAUUUGAUAAAUUUAAAGGUAUCAGAAAAUUGUCAGCAGAAAUUGGAAAUUAUGUUAGAUUUUCUAUAUCUAAAAUUUUUGAAUAUAAUAUAUUAAAAAAUGACCCUGAAAAAGAAUGGCUAUUUUUAGAGGACGAUUAUAAUUUGAUUAAUUUUAAUAAAGAAGAGAUUAUUCAAAGAUUAGAUUCUGAAAUAGAAAAUUUGAAAAAUGAUGUUAGACAAAUUCUAGGGGACUAG